CAUGGGCACGAAUGGUUAUGUGGCAUGCGUUACGCUCUAAAUGUGCCCGCAGCCUAACACCUUCAGUUACCACGUAUUGCCUAUUUCAAUUAUUAAAUGACAUCAAAAUUAUUACAAUAAAUACUAUCUUAAUAGUAAAUUUUAUACUUAAAUCCACUGUUAAAAUUUAAUGUUAAUUUUUUGAUGUUUACCUCGACAUAAGUUUUGCUUUAGAAAUGCACAUCUUACCAAGAGGAAUUUGUACAUUGGCUGUUCGAUUCAAUGUACACCGAUUGACUCGUCUCAGAGUAGUGGACAACAGUGAAAUUGGAAAAAAAGCUAUGCUUGAAGGAAAACCACCUUACUGUUUUCAUGUCUACAACAAAGUAGGCAAGGGGCAAAUCGGAGAUAAAAUAAUGGUUGCUGUCAAAGGAGAGAAAAAAAAAGGAAUAAUUGUAGGAUUGAAACAGAAUCAAAAACCAAAAAUACCGAAACUUGAUACGAACAAUUUAGUUCUGAUUGACGAUAAUGGAAAUCCUCUUGGAACACGAGUACAUGUUCCUAUUCCUCAUAUUCUAAGAACUAUCUUAAAAGAAAAAACAUGUGUAAAAGGUGCUGAUUAUACAAAACUUCUAGCAAUCGCUACAAACUUUGUUUGAUCUCACAAUGGAUGUAUAAAAUAUCAGAAUUCUUGAAAAACGAUGGUAAAAAAAAUUUUCGGAAACUUUUAAAAUAAUUUUUGUAUAUUGCAUAAUAUGUAGAACUUUGAUCACUAAAAAUAAAAAAUAAACCUUC